AUAGAUACUCUCUGAAUUUCAUCGUUUUGGGUUUAAUCAGAAGGUUUCAGAAUUCCGCUGUUUUUUCUUCCAUUUUCAAUCACGAACGCACGCUUCUUUAUCCACACCCCCCAAAAAACCCAUCUAAUUUGCUCAUUUUUUACUGAAAUUUCCAGUUUCUUCUUCAAGCGGGAUCCCUAAUCAAUGGUGCCCUUCAGCUGGGGCACUUAAUCUCAGCCAUAUAUGCCAGUUUCUGUUGAACAAACACUUGCCCAGUUGUUCGGAAUCUUCGUUUCAUUUCCGAAAUCAAAUGGGUCGCUCUCGGGGAAAUUUUCAGUCCGACGAGGAUCCGUCUCAGAGAUCGAGGAGAAAAAGGAAUUCUUCUAGUGGAGAUAAUUUGGAAUCUACAUCACCAGGUCAAGGGCCAGCUGAAGGCAAAAAAGCCUUAUACCACUGCAAUUAUUGCAUUAAAGACAUUACAGGGAAAAUUCGCAUCAAAUGUGCCAUGUGCCCUGACUUCGACCUUUGUAUAGAAUGUUUUUCGGUUGGAGCGGAGGUGAAACCUCAUAAAAGCAAUCACCCAUACAAGGUUAUGGAUAAUUUAUUUUUCCCACUCAUUUGCCCGGACUGGAAUGCAGAUGAUGAAAUAUUACUUUUAGAGGGGAUUGAGAUGUAUGGCUUCUGGAAUUGGACAGAAGUUGCUGAGCACGUGGGAACGAAGAGUAAAGAACAAUGCAUAGAACAUUAUUCAAGUGUAUAUAUGAACUCCCCGUAUUUUCCUCUACCGGACAUGUCGCAUGUCGUUGGAAAAAAUAGAAAGGAGCUCCUUGCUAUGGCUAAAGGGCAUGGUGAAGACAAGAAAGGAUUUUCAACGCUUGGAGAGCUUAAUUUGAAGGAAGAGCCCCCGUAUUCGCCUUCAAGAGUAAAAGUUGAAGAUAUACAUAAAGCAGAUCCUUCUGGCCGUUUAUCAUCAAGCUCUACAUCAGAAGAAGGUAGCUUCAAUACGGCCGCUGCCAUUGCCAACAAGAAAGCAUCAUCUGCAAAUCAAGUUAAAGAUAGCCUCGUUAAAGUGGAAGAUUCUCAAACAGACCGGAGCUUUAAUGGGAAGAAACCUAAUGUUCAAGCAUCCAAGGGUCCUUUAUUAGAGCUGAGUGGUUACAAUGAGAAGAGACAGGAGUUUGAUCCAGAAUAUGAUAAUGAUGCUGAGCAGCUGCUAGCAGAGAUGGAGUUUAAGGAUGCUGACGGUGAGGACGAGCGUGAGCUGAAAAUGAGAGUGUUGCGUUUAUACUCAAAAAGGUUGGAUGAGAGGAAGCGGAGAAAAGAUUUUAUAUUACAAAGAAAUUUACUUUAUCCAAGUUCUUUUGAAAAGGAAUUAUCAGCUGAAGAGAGGGCGAUAUGUCGUCAAUAUGAUGUCUUCAUGCGUUUCCAUUCAAAGGAAGAACACGAGGAAUUGCUUCAAACAAUUGUUGCAGAGCAUCGGACCUUGAAACGAAUUCAAGAACUUAAGGAGGCUAGAGUGGCUGGAUGUCGUAUACCGAGCGAGGUAGAGAUCUUUCUUGAUAAGAAAAGGAAAAGAGAAUCUGAAGGAGCUGAUCAUAGAGUGAAAGAAAGUAAUCUUACAGGCGCUGGAAGUCGAGGCAAUUCAAUCAUGUUCACUCCAUCCGAGUCCGCUGGGAAGGAUUCAAAAUCACGACCAGCAGUGCAGGCUCUUUCUGGCUCUGUCAACAACUUCGAUAUGUUUGGCGCAGAUUUUCUUUCUGAAGCUGAAAAAAGCCUAUGCAGUGAAAUCAGAGUAACUCCACCCCUUUACCUAAAGAUGGAAGAAGUUCUAUCAGUAGAGAUUUUCAAUGGGAAUGUAACCAAGAAAUCUGAUGCCCAUCACUUAUUCAAGAUUGAUCCAACCAAAAUCGACAGAAUCUAUGAGAUGCUCAUAAAAAAGGGUAUUGCUCAGCCUUGAUAUUCUUCAUUUUCUUUUUGUAGCUUAAUUGUUAUCUCUUGAUGAAAUGGAAGAACAGUUAGAACUAGGAGCAACUCACCACUAUUUAUACCGUAAUAUCAAUAACUUGUGUUAUAUAUAUUAAAGCUUUAAACUCUUUAUUACUCAUUCAACACCCAUUUGAAUAAACUCCACAAACAAAUGGCCAAGGAUGUAUGUCCAAAUUAACAUUAUUAG